AUGAGCGCAAUACCUAAGCCAAAUUUAAAACGAAUUCGGGAUAUUCUAUUAGCAGAUGAAAAUAGAAUUAAUAAUGAUGUUAAUGAUAAUCAAGGUUCUGAUUCAGAUAGUGAAUCUGAUUUUCUUGCAACUGAAUCAGAUGAUACAUCUAAUAGUGAACAUAUAUCAAAAGAAUCUGAUUUAUCAAAUUCUGAUUUUGAACAUGGUGAUAUUGUUACAGUAGGUCCACUUGGACCCCACAACAUUCAUAAAGUUUCAAAAUGA